GAUGAGAAUAGUGUUAAUGUGUGUAGCACUUGCACCCAUGUGCUGCCAUUGUACUGCUGGUGUGUUGUACAUAUGAUCCUAUUCAUAGUGUAUGGUGUUGGGGCGCAGUUGACAUUGGUAUUCUCUUGUGCCAUUCAGAGGAAAAUGCUGGUAUAUAGUGCAAGAUCUUUUUGCUGGCUCAGGCCUUAGAA